CUCUCUCGCACACAUCGAGGCUGCUGCACACGCUACUGCACUCACAUGGCUCUGUAGACUCGGUGGUCUAAGGGGAGAGCUAUGCAGGGAGUGACUAAGAGCAGCCUGUCUACAGCACAGAAUUAAUAUAGAGGGGAGAUAAAGAGAGCAAGAGAGAGAGGCUGACUGACGGAAAGACAUUUCCCUCGUUUCUCACAGGCUGGAAAUGGAUGCUUCGCCAUAAGCGUCGACAAUUUCUCUCGCUCUCUCUCCGUCUCGCUGCGUAGCGGCUGGCUGGCUGGCUGCAGUCUGCUGGAGAGAGAAAGGAGAGCGGCUGCAGCUCGCCCCACUCCUCCACUCCCUCACCCUCUCCAUCUCUCCAAGUGCUGGCGGAUAAUAAUACAGACAGGGAGCUCAAACAAAGAAAGAUUGAUAGAACGAGGGAAGAGAGGAGCAAAGGAGUGAAGAGUACUGGAAGAGAAGGAAGGAGAGAAAAGAAAGAGGAAAGAGGAGACACGGUGCCAGGAUUCCAUUUGACUGAAAAGAGGAAAAGAGAAAGAGAGAGAGAGAGAGAAAGACAGAGUGUCGCCAUUUCAAAAAUGACUUAUGAGGAAGAGCUGUGAACACUGCCCAGGAACACUCUGCUGAAAUCCAGCACACAGGAGGAGAGCUUCACACACACCGCCCCACCCUCAAUCACCCGAUCUCAGAUGGAGGUGGAUGCAGCUGAUAAGCGCCAUCGUACGCGAUCCAAAGUUGCCGUGGAGACUGGAGCCCAGGAGCUGUUCAGCUGUCCCACACCAGGGUGUGACGGGAGUGGGCACGUCAGGGGCAAAUACGCCAGACACAGAAGUGUCUAUGGAUGCCCUUUGGCCAAGAAGAGGAAGAGCCAAGAGAAACCUCCGCAGGAACCAGCCACCAAACAGCGGGCAUUCCUAGCCAUGGCUGACGGAGAGGUGGCCAUGUACGAGGGCUACGAGGAGGACGCCAUGGACGAGGGCGAGGAGAGAGAGCUGGAGGAGGAAGUGGAGGAAGAAGAGGAGGAGGAGGAAGGAGACGAGGAAGAAGAAGAGUGCUCAGAGGACAACGAAGAGCCUGGGGAGGAGGAAGAAGAGGAAGAGGAUGAAGAAGAGGAAGGAAUAGUAGAGAGGGAGGAGGGAGAGGAAGUAGAGCAGAUGGAAGAGGAGAUGGAGGAUGAUGAGGAGGUGGUGGAGCAUGAUGGAGAUGAUGAACAAGAAGAGGACGAAGAACAGGAGGAUGAAGAUGAUGAGCACGAGGAGUAUGAGCAUCAGAUCGAACAGCGAGAGAAAAACUAUUCUAGUUGUGGACAAUCAAAACCCGGUCAGAUGCUGGAGAAGGACAGCAACAACAACCUGUCCAACGAGGAGUACGAAAACUACGACGAGCUGGUGGCCAAGUCGCUGCUGAACCUGGGGAAGAUAGCGGAGGACGCCGCAUACCAGGCCAUGACGGAAUCGGAGAUGAACAGUAGUUCCUCCAACAGUGCGGGCGAGGAGGACGACGACGAGGAAGAAGAACACGGCAGCCGAAAGGGAGACUUGAGCGUGGACCUGGACAGUGACGUGGUGCGGGAAACGGUGGACUCUCUGAAGCUUCUAGCCCAGGGCCACGGGGCCGUGCUUCCGGACGAGGGCUUCCCCGAGGCUCACAACGGCCAAGCUGAGGAGAAUGAGGAGGAGGUGUGCCUCAGCAGCUUGGAGUGCCUGAGGAACCAGUGCUUCGAUCUGGCCCGCAAGCUCAGCGAGACCCAGCCAGCCGAGCAGCAACACAUACUGCAGCACCAGAUCGAGCAACAGCUUCAUCAGCAGCAGCAGCAGCAGCAGCAACAACACCAACAGACCCUGCUCCACAUUCCCCGCUAUGAAAGCUGCCAUCCUGCCCCCAUGGAGCAGCCCAGAACCCUGGAGAGGAGCUACUCAGACAUGGUCAACUUGAUGAAGCUGGAGGAGCAGCUAAGCCCACAGUCCAGGGGAUACCAGGGCGGUUGUGUCGCUGUCCAGGAAGGUGAUGAAGACACCACGUCCGUGGCCUCGGAGCGCUCCGACGAAGCCUUCGACAUGACCAAGGGUAACCUCUCCCUGCUGGAGAAAGCCAUCGCACUGGAGUCAGAGCGCGCCAAGGUCAUGCGCGACAGAAUGCUGCCAUCGGAGCACGGCUUCAUCCGUAGAGACCAUCACCGACCUCACGGAGAGCACAGCCCCAGACAGAGCAGCGGAGCCGAGGAGCGUAAAGCCCGACUCCACCACGACGGGGCAAAGAGAGCCUAUUACCCUAAAGAUUCCUCAAGGGGUGAGAAGAAAGAGAGCAAGUGUCCCACUCCAGGGUGCGAUGGGACCGGCCACGUCACAGGCCUGUACCCGCACCACCGAAGUUUGUCUGGCUGCCCUCACAAAGACCGCGUACCACCAGAAAUUCUUGCAAUGCAUGAGAAUGUUCUAAAGUGCCCCACGCCUGGCUGCUCGGGACGCGGCCACGUUAAUAGCAACAGGAACUCCCACCGCAGUCUCUCGGGAUGUCCUAUUGCUGCUGCUGAGAAGAUGGCUAAGGUUCAGGAGAAGCACCAGACCUGUGAUGGCCCCAAGUCCAACCAAGCAUCUGAUCGUGUUCUGAGGCCUAUGUGUUUUGUGAAGCAGCUGGAGAUCCCACAGUAUGGGUACAAGAACAACAUCUCUACCAGCACGCCCCGCUCUAACCUAGCCAAAGAGCUGGAGAAGUACUCCAAGACCAGCUUUGACUAUGGUGGGGGUUACGAUAGUCAGCCCCACGCCUACAGCAAGCGCUCCCUCAACCAGAAAAACCACGGACGAGACACUUCACCCAGAGGAUACGACGACUCAUUUGCUCUCAGCAUUCAUCAUGGAACAUCAGACCAUCCAAUAAGCGAGUCUUCAGCUAAGCGAUACUGUAAGACCUCCAGUCCGGCCAGCAGUACGACGAGCAGCUACGCUCCGAGCAGCAGCAGCAGCAGCAGUCUGAGCUGUGGGGGCGGCAGGGGGGGUAGAGGAGGAGAGAGCAGCGCCAGCAGCACCUGCAGCAAGAGCAGCUUCGACUACACACACGACAUGGAGGCAGCACACAUGGCCGCCACGGCCAUCCUAAACCUGUCCACACGCUGCAGAGAGAUGCCCCAGAGCCUGACCGGCAAAGGCCCCGAACUGCUCCCACAGAGCCCAGAUGAACGAGAUGUGGAGGAGAACGGGACGCUGGAUCUGAGCGUGGGUCGAGGCGGCGGACUCGGGGAGGGUACAGUUCUCACCCCGCUGCAGCCCAUGUCCCCCCAGCGCCAGGCUCUGCUCAACAGCCGCUGCUACCAGAUGAGCCCGGCUGACUGCUGGGACCUGCCUGUGGACUACACUAAGAUUAAACGGCUGGACGAGGACCACAAAGAGGAUGAGCUGGACCCCUUCCAGGAGCUGCUGGAUGAUCAGCAGUACUCCACUGAGGUGUCCCUCCCGAGCCCCAAACACAAAUACGCCGCUUGUAAAGAGAGCAAGAAAGAGCUCCUCACGCUCUCCAGCUGCCAGCUGGCUGACAAGGGCAUGCGUGGUAUGAUGGCAACCAACUCACAGGAUUUGAAGUGUCCAACUCCAGGUUGCGACGGCUCCGGGCACAUAACAGGGAACUAUGCCUCACACAGGAGUUUGUCAGGUUGCCCUCGAGCAAAAAAGAGCGGAAUUAAAAUCAUGCACAGCAAGGAGGACAAGGAUGACCAGGAGCCAAUCAAAUGUCCUGUGCCAGGCUGUGAUGGUCAGGGUCACGUUACGGGGAAGUAUGCAUCCCACCGUAGUGCUUCCGGCUGCCCGCUGGCUGCUAAACGGCAAAAAGACGGCUAUGUGAACGGAGCUCCUUUUGCCUGGAAGUCCGGCAAGACGGACGGCAUGACGUGCCCUACGCCUGGCUGUGACGGUUCUGGCCAUGUCAGUGGCAGCUUUCUCACACAUCGCAGGUAUAUAAGUCUAUCUGGCUGUCCCCGAGCCACUUCAGCCAUGAAGAAAUCUCGGAUAACGGGAGUGGAAAUGCUUACUAUCAAGCAGCGUGCAAGCAAAGGAAUAGAGAACGAUGAGGAAAUCAAACAGCUGGAUGAAGAAAUCAAAGAUCUAAACGAAUCAAACAAUCAAGUGGAGUCAGAUAUGAUUAAACUUAGGACUCAGAUCACCACCAUGGAGACCAACCUGAAGUCCAUGGAGGAGGAGAACAAGGCCAUUGAACAGCAGAAUGACUCACUGCUGCAUGAGCUGGCCAACCUCAGCCAGUCACUCAUCAACAGCCUGGCUAACAUCCAGCUCCCCCAUAUGAAACCGGUGCCACUGAAAGAGGCCCCUGUUAAAAAUUACUGCUGUUUACAGAUGCCCCACAGAGAGCCGAUGAACGAGCAAAACUUUGAUAGUUACGUGAGCACUUUGACAGAUAUGUACACUCAUCAAGACCAGUACCAGAGCCCAGAGAACAAGGCCCUACUGGAGAACAUCAAACAGGCCGUGCAGGGCAUCCAGGUGUAGCUCACCAUCCUGCCGCAAAGGUAACGACGGCGAGUGCUGAUCAGCAAAAACAAAACAAGAAAGAAGGAAUUAAGGAACAAAAAAAAAAAACAAUGAUGUAAAAAGUAUGGAUAACUAUUAUGAUUUUUUGCUGCUGUAAUUUAUUGUAUUAUCUUGCAUUAUUUAUGAUUCUGUUAUGCUUUUGAGGGGGAAAAAAAUACCUAACUUAUUUGUUGCCUUGCUUUAAAGAUAAUUACCAAUGGCAAAUGUUUUGAGGAACAUUCAUGUUUUGUACAUUUUUCAUAUGACCUGACAUAAUGUGAUGUACUGUUUAUAGCUGCUAAUGUAUGCACAUUUUAGUGUAUAUGUAUUUAUUAAUUGUAAACAAAACCAUCCAUUGUUUUAAAAGCUUAUUGACAAAAGGAGAAAAAAGGAACAUUGCAGUGUUGAAGAGAAGCAGUGAAGGGAAUGUAAAGGGCAAUCAGCUAAUAAGCUUUUUCUUUUUGGAAACAAGAGGAGUUCAGUAUGUGCCGUGCAGGUCGUUCAAUGGAUGUUAAAUGGUUAAUUUUGUAACAAUGUAAAGGAACUUCAUAGAGAUUUGUCUUUUUCUGUUCAGAGAAUCUUUUACAGUGGUCAGUGUGGGCACUCUAAUGAAAUACACAUAUCGCUCUUUGUGCUUUUGUUUGUUUGCUUUUCAAAAUGUGUAAAAAAAAAAAAAAAAAAGGAUAAAAAUGCACAGACACAAACCUCGGCAUUUUCGUGAAACAUCAUGACACGGAAACCUACUUAGUGCGAAUCCCGGGAUCGUGAGAGAAAUGAAUAUUUCACAACCGAAACCAUUCUUGAUGUACGUUUUCUAAACGUUACUACCAUUUGGCGUAGGCCAUCCACUAUGGAAGAAAUUUAAGGAGACAAUCCAGCAUAAAUUGUGAAUUUAUGAUCGUAAACUAUUAGUAGGUAGUGAGAUAGCAUAUCAGCAAUAUAUGACAAUGAAUCAAUCAUUUAUUUAGAUAUGGGAUGCAAAAGUUCGGGUAUAUGCAAUUUCUUAUUCUUAACAUCACAGAAAACUGAGUAAUCUUUUUACUAAAUGUAAAGUAUUAAGUUUUAUAUAAAUCUUUUACUACAAUCAUGUUUUAGGGUCUAAACAUGAGUGAUCAAGUCCAAAUGGAUGAGUGCAUAUGCAUUAUGAUUUUACAUUUCUCAUGUUCUGUUUUGCACAGGGACGCCUUUGUUUCCAUGUUUUGAUGUUUUUAUUAUUUAUUUAUUUAUUUAUGUACUUAUUUAUUAAAUUAUUUAUUCGAGUAAAAAUAACAGGGAGGUGCCCAGAAGCCUGAAUAAUGGAGAACGUUUUUUUUUUUUUUGCAGAGAGUAAAUCUGUGUGUGAAUGUGAGAUUAAGUGUGUGUUGGACUUACAGGGUUAAUGUCACUGUCCAUGCGUUUUAUCGUUACAUCAGCGUUACGCAGCUCUUGUCUUGUAGAAUUGUUCUGUUAUCAUGUACAAACGCUUAAAUCAGCAUCCGAUGCAAAAGCAGACAUGUAGAUUUCCAUUAAGACAUUUCAGAAUAUCAUCCACUGAGGGCAGUAUGUAUUACAUGUCUCAUGUAUGUCAUUCAGUGUCAUGUUGCUCAUUUUUGGUUUUGUGUCUACGACGAAUCAGAAGCACUUUAAGCUUGAUAAACCACAGGAACUCAUGUAAGGCGUUACGGAAGCUGUUUAUGAAUUGGGCGAUGACGUGUUGGAGUGGCUUAACAUUCUCUUAGCGCAAGUAUAAGCACUUAUGGUAUAUUCAUAUGAUGAGUGAGCACUAAAUGGUGCUACUUGGUUACAUUAUCCCAUGUUAUAUAAGAAACUACACUACAUCUGGCAGUUUCCUAGACAAGGAUAAACCCUUACUUUAGGUCUAAAAUUGGUUUGCUUUGAUGGUCCUGUGUUCUGGACUAAUGCUUAUUUCUGCACAGAAUAGCAUGGAGCAGUGGCAGAAAUGGUGUUUGUUCAAAGCUGUAGUAAUUAAAUGGCUAAAAUACCAGUUCAUACUUGUGGAGUUCACCUAAUAGUUGGGUUUAGAUAAGGUCAGAUCACGUUCUUAUCAUAAAAACUGCUUGUUUUUAUGAUGAGAACGUUUGUUUACUGUUUUUUUUAGUUCAUUUGGGACCAAACCAAGAGCACCUUUUCCCAGGGGUCUUAGUUGUGAUUACAGUAUUCACACCUACCCCAGCUAAUCACAUGAAAACACCCCUAAACUCAAGUGUACUAUCAAUAGGGAAUACUAAAAUGCAUGUACAUAAGGCUUGGGUUAUUUAGAGUCUGGGAAACCAGCAUCUUUUCAGCUCUACUGCUAAGGAGAAUUAGUGAGGUCUGGUACUGAUGCACAAAUUCCACUCCAGCUUAAACUGUAGCUACUGGAUUGGAACAUAGUUGCUGUUCCACAGCUCAAUGCUGGGAGACUUUAGACCCCUCAAUGCUUGUAAUUGGCCAUUAUGACCUCAGGGUCAGGUGUAGCUGCCCCAGAGUGUACCAUCCUAUGGCACACUUUAGAGCUCAGCCCUGUAAAGCAGCCCAGUCUGUCUGGUUCAGUUCAGUAGAUCAUGUUAGCCGUUGUCAGAACAGUGUGAAGGCCUGAGUUCAGUGGUUUACGAGUGGGUUGUGUACACUAAUGCAUGAGCCUCUAUAUCAUGUUGUCACAGAGAUUGCAAAAAUGAACGGAUUUCGGUCGACGGUGAAUAUACACGGACCGACCGUGCCAUUUCUUCACCGUUUCUUUCUUCAUUUAGACUAGCUCUGUAUUUUUGACUAAUUCACACGAAGGUGCUAGUCAUCCUCAUGCCUCAUGCAUCCAAAUGGACUAACAGGUCAAAAUAUCUGCCUCUCCAUCUUCUUCCUCCUCCUCCUCCUCUCUCUCCAAAGCUUUGUGUAUGCAGCUGCCAAUAUAAUAACGCUUCUAAUAGACCGAUAGCAAAAUUUCCUCUCAUUACCUAUCAUAACUGAUUCGACAGGAAAAAAGGAGUUAAAGCACAAUUCUGCUGCUCUCUUUCUGUUCUAAAAUACUGCAGUAUCUAAUAAAAAAGAACAUUAUCUGUAACUAUUUAAAUAGAAAAACACUAACUACACUAUCACAUGCUUGAAUGCAGAAUACAUUUCUUAUUACUAAUUGUGAAAUCAUCAGGUUACGAUGUUCCAUUUGAAAAGGACUUCAACCAAUCAUUUUAAAAAACAGGAUUUUAUAUUAAAAAAAAAAGAAACAUUGCUUUCUCUUGGUCUCUUGCUCUCUAUCUAUCUCUUUCUCUCCCUAUUUUAUUAUUAUUAUUAUGAUUAUUAUUUUUUAAUCACAUGGCAUGAUUUUGGUUGAUAUGAUACUUUUUGCUGUAAAUGUUCAAGAUCACACGUUGCAGUGAUAUUUCAUUUUAAAAUUGUGAACUUUGUACAAUUUUUAUCAUGCUGGUGUUGACAUCUGUUACUCAAUAAAAACUUGUGUUGCCACACU